UCAGUCUUAACACUUCGCAGAGAGCUGAGACGCCACACUGAGCUCUGGAAGCUAGCUGUGACGGACAAAAGCCACACACACACACACUUGGCAUGGAUUGCAAAGUCCUAGCGCUGGUGGCCCUGCUGACGGUCGUCAUAUGGAGCCCAGAGACUGACGCUAAACCCAUCAGUCUGGUGGAGAGAUGUUGGUGCCGGUCCACUCUCAACACCGUCCCGCAGAGGAGCAUCCGUGAGAUUAAGUUCCUCCACACACCCAGCUGCCCUUUCCAAGUCAUUGCCAAGCUGAAGAACAACAGAGAGGUCUGCAUCAACCCCAAGACCAAAUGGCUGCAGCAGUAUCUAAAGAAUGCCAUUAGCAAAAUAAAGAAGAAGCGCUCAAAGUAAACACCUGAGGAUGUGCGAGGAGGACCACCGUGCAUCUCUGACCUCCAAAGAGGCACUAGUCCUCUUCUCUCGCUCUCUUUUAUCACUCCUCCUCUUUCUGGACUGCUUGCACAAACAGCACUUCACCUAAACCUGCCUCUCAAGCAUCCAGACAGUCUGCAGCUCACCAAAACACAAGCCAACACCUUCCUCCUGAUGCACUGCUACUGCGGCUGUGAUUACUGACUGAAUGAAGCGACUGAAUGUGACCGUGAAUGUUUGAAUGCCAAGGCAAGAGAGAUAUCUACAGGUUUUCCGCAACUUAAAGGGCAGUAAAAAUGAGAGUUUGUGUCAUAGUUGUGAGGGAUGUCUAACCUUUAGGAUAGUUUGGGAUUAAUAAGGGACGUAAGCAAGUGAAAAUGAAGCAGACAUUUAAACCUGCCCUGUUCAAGCUUUCACUUUUUGUUAUUUUGCUGCUCAUAGCUUUGUUGAAGUGUUUAAAAGCUCACCAGCACACAUGAAUGAUCCAGCAUGCUAACGCUAGCUCUGUUCCAAAACCUAGUGAGCCGCCUACCGAACAAAAAAUUUGCGUAGAAACGACUUUCACUCAGAAAUUGCUAGUAAAUGUUACAAUAAAUUACAAAGAAAUGGCAAAUGAACGUGAAAUUUUGAAGUAGAAAGCCUGAAAUAGUAUUUUCUUGUAAAAUGUACUCUAAUUUUGAAACAUUUUUACAGAGCAAAAAACGGCAAAAUAAACUGCCUUUUAAAAUUUAGGAAAGCGUGAAUUGUAUUUCACAAAUAAAGCAAUCCCAGAAUGCAUUGUGAAAAGUUUUGUUAAAAACCCAUGCUCGAUGUGAAAUGCCAAUCAUAAAAAUACUUAAAUUUCAUUAAAAAAAGUGAACAACUAUUUUCUUCAGUAUUUUUAUGCUUAAAAUCGCAAAUAAUUCUGACACAAUGGACCUUAGUCAGGUUAAAUGCCAUAUUGAAUUUAACUCGAAUGAAAACCCACAACUUUCAAAACCGUUUAAUGGAGUAUUGUCUACCGAACAUUUUUUCGUCGUUUCUUCAGCUGAACAUUCAGUAUGUGGUUAAAUAACAGUACAAUCCAUUGAACACACUAUACUUCUAAAUCCCUCACAGCCUCGACUUCAUUCCCACCAAAAAUUAAAUAUGGCGCAAACCUACUGUAGGGUCUAUUGGCUUAGCAACAUGUUAACGUCAAAUUCUUUGGAAUCCAUUUUUGGUUAAGCAUUUCAAAACAUUUACUUAUUUACUUCUAUUUACUUCCAUAACGAUUAUAGUGCGGACAGUAAUGCACUUAGCAGCGCACUAUGUAGGCGGCAGAUAGCAAGAUUUUGGAACAGAGACACGUUUGACACAGGGCUGCUACUACAGGAAGCAGAAUCACAGUUUCCUGCCUUCCACUUCCUCUUUGCUACCUGUGUGUAUAGCAAAUGCCAGACACUGAAAUUCAAGAAAUAUGCAGUUUAAAGUAGAUAUGCUGUAUGUAUAAAGUAGGUGUCAUUAAUGCAAUCAUGCCACGGCAGCUUAAAACCUCUGCUCAUGUGCAUCGAGCGACAUUCCAUGACUCAGACACAUACAGAUCUUGUGUCAUACUGGUUGUGAUUUGGAUCCAACAGGACCAACCAACAUGUAAAUAUUCUCCAGCACUAAAUGGCUGUCAGUAAAUGGGUUGAACAGGGACCAAAAACUGAAAAAUGCAAGCAAUUUGUAGGCUAAAUUAAUAUUGCUUUAUGUAUGCCAUAUGUAUCAGUUUUUUGUUUUUAGCCACAGAAUUAAAGGAUGUGACUGUGAUUUUGUUUUUUAUGACAUUAAUACAUUUAUCUAACACGUUUUUUUAUUUCUGUUCUGAUAAUGCUUUGACUCAAAUGCCCAAUUGCUGUAAUGUUUUUGAGCCACUUUAAAAUACAGUAUAAGGAGUUUGUAAUGUAAUGAUUUAUUUUUGUAUUUUGCAUUGAUCAAUAUGAAUAAAAACACAACAGUACAAUA